UCUACUUAUCUGUGAACACUACCUGUGAAUGCAGAUAACAUGAGAGUUGCUGUGAUAAUGGUUAUAGUGGUGGCAGGGCUAGGCACUUGCCAGAUCUCCUACUCCAAGCCGAAAUACUUCAAGCCGAUGACCCUCGACAUGAAGCUGCGUGGUGGAGUCAACACCAGCAACUGUACCACCUGGAUGCUCAACUGCUGGGAGCUCGUCAAGCCCCAGGUGGUGUGCAUGGACGGAUACUACUACGAGUCCGUCUGCGGAGCCAUGCGCCUGCGCUGCCAGCCGGAACUCAAAUACUACUAUAAUACGAAUACUCUGGCAAUUCGGGAUUCGGUUUGCUACUAAUGUGGACGAUUUUUGAUUUUUAUAGCUAUGAAAAUAUUAAAAUCUAUGUAAAUAAAAAUGAAUUUUCAAUUUUGUUAGUCAUGCUAAAACCCGAGAACGGCUGAAACAAUUUGCUUAAUUUCAAUCUUGAAAUAUUAGUGGAAGUCCAGGAAACAAGUGAUAAGUCAAUGCCAGUUAGGGGGGAAGUGAUACGACAAUCAUCGUUUCAUAAGAAGCAGUUUAUGAAAUCGAUGGUGCUUCUCCAGUGCUGCCUCGGAUGCAGUUCACUUCCCGUAUUAAAAAAAGGUUUAUAUAAUGAAAUAAUUAUUAUGAUGCUUGAA